AUGCCCGAGGACUUGGACCGCGAGUCCAUACCUGAUCCUACCCAGACUCAAGCACAGCGCCCUUUCCGCGAUUCCUCACCCCACCUCCACUCCAAGCGCUUUCGCUUCAAGACUAAAAGAAAGCACUCUGAACAUCCACAGGAUGACUUGGACCACCGCCAACGCCGCGUAAGAGACCACAAGGCAUCGCAUCGACAGAGGAAACGGCACAAAUCAUCCCGCGACGCAGAUGACGACCAGCGCGCAUUCCAGCAUUCUACAAGCCGGCUCCCUCCCGAACAGGCCUUUCGAGAAUCACUCUUCGAUGCUCUGGGAGACGACGAGGGCGCCGCCUUCUGGGAAGGCGUCUACGGACAGCCGAUCCACACCUACCCAAAUACGUAUCAGGACGACGAAACAGGAGAAUUGGAACGCAUGACGGACGAAGAAUAUGCGCAGUUCGUGCGGCGGAAGAUGUGGGAGAAGAGCUGGGAAGGGAUAGAAGCAGCCAAAGAGGAGAAAAGGCAGAGGGAGCAAGAGAAAGACAGGCAGAGGCGACGAGAUAAUGCGGCGCAGGAGAAUAAACCUCAUGACCAUGACAUUUUUGACAGUCACAUUGAGGCGAGCUUGAGAAGAGGCCAGCAGCGGAAAGACCGCAAGAGGUGGCAAGUUCUGUGGCAGGAGUACCUGCGUCGAUGGGAUGAGCUACUGAGUCUGUCUCAGAGCCGACUACAGACGGAGGAAGACGAAGACAGGCAGCAGCUGUUCUUGCGCAACAAGAUCGCGUGGCCCGUGGAGUCGGGAAAACCCAAGGGAAUUACUAGGGCAGAAGUCGAACGAUUCAUUCGGAAAGGCAACGACUCGUCAGAAUCAGAGGAUUUCGCAUCUGUUGUCUUCGCCAACACCGUCAAAGCUGAGCGAGUUCGCUGGCAUCCUGACAAGAUUCAGCAGCGAUAUGGCUUCCUGGAGAUCGACGAAGGCACUUUGAAAGGAGUGACUGCGGUUUUUCAGAUCUUUGAUGACAUUUGGAAUGAUUUGCGGACUAGGCAGAGUCCGUAG